AUGCAGCAUCAGCAGCAACAAGAACAGCAGCAGCAGCAGCAGCAGCAGCAGCAGCAGCAGCAGCAAGAACAAGAACAGCAGGAACAAGGACAGCAGCAGCAGAAAAAACUGGACUUCCAGUCGCCAGAACGCGACGCAGCGCCCUCCCCCGCGGUCCCCAGCAAGCCUGCUCCCCAGAUCUCGCCCUCCCCCGGCGCGCCAGCGCCGCCGGGCCCCAACCCCGCGCGCGCGGCCAGCGCCGCCGCAGGCCCUCCGCGGCCGGCGCCCGGCGCGGCCGCCGCCGCGUCCGAGGGCCUGGGCGCCGGCAUCGACCCGCGCCGCCCCAUGGUCCGCGUCAAGAGCCGGGUCAACUUUGCUGACUCACCCACCAUCGUCAUCAUCCCGCCCGCGCCGCCGCCCGCGCCGCCGUCGCCGCGCGCCAAGCCGCGCAGCGCGCCCAAGCACUUCGGCUACAAGGCGCCGUCGGACGCGGAAGACGAGGAGGCGGAGGGGGAGGAGGAGGUCGACCCUGAGCUGCAGGCGGCGGUCAGGGCGGCGGCGCGCGCGGCAAUGGCGGCGCACAUGACAAUGCCGCCCGCGCGCCGCAUCCGGCCCGGCGGGUGGGGCGGCGGCGGCGGCGGCUGCGACAAGGCCAGCGACGCGGCUGAGGGGACAGGGGCGCUGCGGCCGCUGAGCUUGGCGAAGCUGGCGAAAGCGGGGAGGGCGGGCUUUGGCGGCAGGCCGGGCUCGGGAGGGGGGCCGCCAGUCAAGCUGCCGAAGGGCGGCGCAGACAUGCUGCUGCUCCCCUCACCCAGCCGCGGCGCCCCUCCCGGCAGCGGUGGCAGCGGUGGCGGCGGCAGCGGCAGCAGCGGCGGCGGCAGCGGCGGCCGCAGCGGCGGCGGCAGCGGCGGCGGCAGCAGUACAAAGGCGGCGGCGGGGGCGGUGUCGCCCGCGCCCGUGCGGCCGCUCAGUGCCCCGAGGACCUUUGGCAGCGGUAAGGCGGCAGCCAGCGGCCCAUUUGGUCAGGUGCAGCAGCAACCGCAACAGCAGCAGCAGCAGCAGCAGCAGCAGCAGCAGUCCCAAGCUCCCGCCUCCAUGCUUGACGAGGUGCGCCAGGUGCUGCGUCGGCUGCAGUACGACACCCACCAGGCUCUGACCGUGGAGCAGCUGCAGGAGCGGCUGCCGGCGAUGGGCUACCGCCUGGCGCCAUCAGAGGUUGCUGAUCUGGCCAAGGAGAUGGCCCAGGGCCCUGACGGCCUGGUGGGCAAGGCCCAGUUCGCGGCCAGCCAGAUGGAGUGGGGGCAGCUGCAGGUGACGACGGCCGCGCGGAUGAACCACCGCGAGGAGUGGCUGGCCUGCCUGCGCGCCACCUUUGAGGGGCUGGACCGCGACAGGGACGGCCGCAUAUCCACCGCCGAGAUCAUGAGGGUGCUCAUGGACAAGCUGCCAGAGGAGGAGGUCAACUCUGCCAUUGAGGACGUCCUGGUGGAGGCCGCCUGCGAGGAGGACGACGGCCUCGACUUUGCCGCCUUUGCCGCACUGGUGCGCGUGCCCUCCGGCGACCUGGACGCCUAUGACGCCCGGCUGGCGGGCACGGGGCGCGGCUCCCUGGAGCGCAGGAUGUCGGGCUCCAUGGACGAGGGCUCGCGGCGCGGCGCGGCCUUGCUGGCCGCGCUGGAGCCCGUGCCGGAGGCGGAGGCGUGA